UACAUCUUCAACACCUCUCUUAUUGAUAUCUGUGAAACCCAUUCCCCAGGAAAGUUCCUUCAUAAGUCCACCUACACAAAAAUGGCAAAUGGCACUGUUCUACACUUUCGGUUCAAUGUGAAGCAAAUCCGAGCGAAAAUUGUUCGAAAGUCUUAUCGAUUUUUCCCAAAUGACACAGCUGGGCAUAUUAGGAAUAUGCAUGAUACGAUGAACAAGAUUUUCGAAAAUUCACCACCUGCAUUUUCGUACAAGCCAAUUGAGACUUUGAAUAAGUGCAUAGCCAAAGUCAAAUCCGACGUAUGCCAUAGCACUGGUGGAAUCUGCAAAGCUGCGAUGGAUAAUGUCACCAAUUGGGUAUACAACACGACUGAAGGAUUGUUCACAACGGGUACACGUCUCAUCGUCUAA